ACACAGAGGCUGAGGGGGAGGGGGGAAAGAAACAACAACAACAACCAGGAUCAUUUUUUCCAACAAAACAGGGGAAGAAAAACCAAAAUGACACAACAGUGAGACGAACAAGGUUGUUAGUGUCUGAGGGCUGAGGGGUUAGCGGCUGUGACCUCACGAAGCAGCACUCAGGGCUCCCUCACUAAUACGACACGACACACUAAACCCGCUCUAUUUUUACUCCCCUCAAAACUCCAGCUUAUCCGCCAGUUGCUGUUGCUUUUUUUUUCUUAUUUGUUUUCAUUCAACGUUAACGGUACGGGGCUUCAGGCAUUUUAACCCCUCUCAAGCGCACGCACGCACGCACGCACGCACGCACGCACGCACGCACGCACACACACACACACACACACACACACAGAACCAAGCCCCUGUGGGUGUAAGAUGCUGUACACUCUGUGCAGCUCUACCUCCAUGUCAUUGUAGGUUUACCUGACAGGUUGGCUGGUUUAGGGAUGAUGGUGUAAAGCUACUGGUUCCUUUCAUGGUAUAUAAUACACAGCCAACGGCACAGGGAUUAACACAGGGGGAGAGGUGUCUCACCUUAAUUCUUCCCUUGGCAGCGGAAUAGCAUACAAGUGACUCCAGAAAGGGACACAAUGUCUUGUAUAACUUGCCUAAAUGUGUACAUUUAAUUAAAACAGAGAGGUUGGGCGAGGUUCAAAGCUAUUGAAGUGAUAUGAGUGGGGUAGCUCAGUGCAUUUUAUUAAUCUGUGCUCUUCUAUUCCAGCAUAUUUUACAGCCACACUAUGAUGGAGUCUAUUACACUGCUAUUACAAUGUGUACAAUGUAAUUACCUGGAAUCACACUUGUCUUUACAGCAUGAUAAAGUAGGGAGGAGAUGCUUGUGCAGCAGAUCCUUACAGAUUUUCAUUGUUGUUGUUUUGUUUGUUUUAACUUGGUUUAGGGGUUUGGCCACUGGAUAACAGAGCUCUUACUGUAUCUGAACAAAGGAGGACAUUGUUGAGGUCUCUGGGGGUACCAGCAGAUACGGCAGCAAGAGACUACUACAAGGGCUACCCCAUGGUGGACUACUCCCGCCAUCACUCCUCGCCCCCCACCUUCCAGCCCAUCGCCUUUCACAAGGACAAGCCCUUCCUGCCCCCUCCAGACAUCCACGCCCCACUGGCCAUAACCAUCAACGCUGCCCAGCUCCCCAAGCCCAAGAUCUCCAAGACUAACACCCACCCGCUUACCUCCAGCUCGGCCUUCAAAGUCUGGGACCCCAGUAAGGGCCAUGUCCAGCAUCCAAUGGCCUCCCACAUCGGGCAGGCACUGCAGCAGCAUCCGCAGCAUCCGCAGCAUCCGCAGCAUCCGCAGCAUCAGCAGCAUCCGCAACAUCAGCAACAUCAGCAACAUCAACAACAUCAACAACACCAACAACAUCAACAGCAGUUACAUCAACAGCCCAACAGCCGCCGGCAGACCUACUCCAACAAGCGGAAGUUCAGCAUUGAGACUCUCCCAGAACUCUUCUCCCAGCCCCUGGGCUAUGGACAGUCGCCCCACAUGCACCCCAAAAACAAGGGGCUGCCCACCAACAGCAAGACAGAGGUCACAGUCUGAGCAUGAACGUUUGGAGAGCAGGAGAGAAAGAAAAGAGUCUAUAGAACUGGGAGUAAGGCCUGGGAGCGAGAGCUUUUUGUACGAAUCAAUGUCGUGUUGAUGGCUGGGAGGACGAACAGGAACAAGCAAUCUUCUUUUGCUAUUUUAAUUGCAGGUUUUCUUCGUUACUGAUAAUGUAACACCCAAAACGGAAGGUAACGAUCAGAUGAAGUGACUCGCUCUCUCUAGACCUGGUUCACCUAAAUUCCCUCUCUGUCCCAGCGUCCUCCCUGUUUUGUUUUGGUCAAUCUCCUCUUUGCUCCCCCUGGCACCACUACUCUACAAAUCCCUACCCCCCCACACACUUACACACUCUCCUACUGUUUGCAGCCUGUCAGAGUGGUACACGUGGGUAAAGCACCCCCAGGACCCUGAACAACAGCAGUGACAAUGCCAUUGUCUUGUCAGCUCCCAUCACCCUCCAUCCAGAACAGAGUGAGAUACCAUUCUGGCAAAUCUGUACCAGCGAGAGAGAGGGAGAGGAAGAGGAAGAGAGAGAAACAGCUGGAAAGGAGGUGCUUGUUUAUUCAUCCUGAAGCAUAAGGGAUGAGGAACUAAGCCGGACAGAGGUUUGGUGCGGCAAGCACCUCCUGUUCGUCACCUGCUGGAGAAGAGCCCUGAAACUUCAGACUCCCUGGUCGUCAAAACUGCGGAAUUGCACACAGUGGUUGUGUCUGGAGACUCCCUGGGGAUCGUCAGCGUCCACGUCUCUCAGCGAUGUGUUGUUUGUUGUUGUCUUAAUCGGCGACGCAUGCAUCGGAAAAGGCAAACAGCACAGGUAUCAGCAAGUUCACCACAGUCGUGUUAAAUGGUACGGUCUGUGUUAGUGAAGCUUCAGCGGAGGCCAGACGCAAAUCACAAGGGACAAUAGGCGCCUGCAAGAGGGAAGGACAGGUCACCGUGUCUGUCCCGGGUAAUAUGGUGCCAAAGGCAAUGCAAGGGUGGAAAGGGUGGGAAGUUGUAGGUGUGAAGUAAAGGUCACUGCUUUUUUUUAAAUCUUAGCUUUGGCUUGCUGUUGAAGAAUUUAUCCAAACAUGAAUGCACAAAAGUCAGGAAGGAAGAAAAAUCAUACACAGAGUAUUUUAUAAAAGUAUGUCUUCCAGACUGGCAGCAAUUCAUGUGAUGCAUGCAUAUAUUAUUGUAAUAUUAAAAUAGGCUUUAAUAUGAUUAUUUUGUUGAAUGCAAGUGUAUGGUUCAUCUAUAUGUAUAAUGAGUCACUUUAAAUGCAGCUAAGUUGAAGCUAGUGGCUCAACAUAGACAUUACAGUUAGUCUUUCCCAACCACAAGGAUUAUUUCCAAUAGUCAAGCUACAGGAGAGCAAGCAACUCCUCUUGGCCCGUUUUCAUUUUACACUUGACCGCAAGGUACAAUAUUUGCAUGGAAAUCUGAUAUGUCUAAGUUCACACAAGCGCCGUCCUUCCCCAUACAUUUUCAGUGGACUCUCCUGCAAUUUAACCCAAGCCUCAAGCUUAAUGUAUUAUCUUAAGUAAACAGGUUACGCCGCAGUGCAUACCUACGCCCAGCGUAUUCCAGACAGGUGGAACCGUAUCAACGGAUGGCAGCCAGUCAGUCGUGUUUACUAGAGUCAUUCACCAUUUGCUGCUAGCUCCUCCCCACCAACCAGCUACCAGCCUGUUCCUGAGCUCCACCAGACCCCCUUUCCUCUGCUCUCCCUUUCCCAGUGGGGUUGACUUACGGUGGGAGCCUCCAGCAUCCAACCCCUGUAUGGUCUUCCAAGCUGUUCCCAGCCAGGGGAUACCCUGCCUCCUCACAGGGGGUGCAGCCAUAACUAAUGAUACCCAAUCCCCAGCAUGGCAGGCCCUCACACACUCUCACACACUAGGCAUGAUUGAAAUGGAGCAGAGCUUUCACACUGUUAAAUGAUUUGGAGAUUCAUUCGGCUGCUAUUGUCGAGCCAUUCUGUGUUACGGACAGACACCAAGUGGUUUCACUGUACCCUAUGCAGAAGCAUGAUAUGGAAUAUAAGACAUAUGAAUUGAUUUAAACUACGUGCAGCCGGUGGAGUCAUUAAUGUUGGAAUUGGCUGUUGGAGACAAUUACGUUUAUGGGUUUAUGCUUAUGUUACAUUUCAUUGGGGAUUUGAUUUAUCUGUCCACGGUUCAUACUUCAGGAUUUCUAAAGCUGUUAUGUAAUGUACAUAAGACCCACGUGGAGUGGUUGUUCUUAUGAUAUGGUUGAAUAAAAGUAAAUCAGAAAUAGAGAAGUGUUGGGAUAUGCACAGUACAUGUAUAAAUAUGCAUCAUGCACAUCUGCACUCAUAGCUACCGUAUGCAGCAUGCACGGUCACCAUUUAGCUUUCUCCAACUUCAAUUCGUAAAUGAGGGGGGUUACACACAAUGAUUCUUAGCUUAACAGCUCAGCCAUACAAAGUAUUCUAUGGACUCUCUCCUCCUCUCUCCUCUCCUCUCAUUCAGGAUGCAUUAGUGGUUGUGAACAAGCAAUGGAUGUGUGCAAGUAACAAGCAAUAUGUUCUGUCUGCAAAGCAAUAAGUACCCAUCUAUCUGCAAACCCUCUUUCUGGAGUCUGACUGCACCUUUCUGGAGUCUGACUGCACCUUUCUGGAGUCCUUUAAAUGUGGGGAGCUGAGGUGGAAGCAGAGCUGCAUGGACCCAGAUUUUCUGUUGUUGUUGCAAUCUCAGGCUCUUCUGAAAGAUAUUUAGGUCUAUUUUCUCAGAAACCAGACCACUGAGCUUUUUAAAAAUUCUCUCUUUUCUCUCCUCCUGCUCUUCUCCGGCAGAGGAAGUUGCAUUAGCGAAUCAGAACUCUGAGAACUCUAUCCACUCAGAAAAAAAGCUUGAUUAGCUCUCCAUGACCUUUUUCUAUUGGACGGAUUCAAAUGUUAUUUUACAGACACAUUUCCAGCAAGGCCAUACUAAAGAAAACACAAACCUACAAGCAGUUAUCAGGGCUGGCCUGCAAGAGUGGACACCUCUGAAACCCCAGCUGAGCUCUACAGGCUGCAGGCACUAGGAUAGUGUUGCUAAUGCUAGCUGAACGAUGCUGACGUUGUGACACAUGGAUCCUUCAGGCUCCAGGGAGUCUCCAUGAGGAGGGUGAGCCUCUGUGAUGCUUCGAGGACAAACACAGCCUGGGGCCAAGCUGACAGCUAGCGAGGCACCAGGAUGUCGCCAGGCUAGCGCCUUGGCUUGCGCCUUGGCUUGCCUCCUAUAGUGGAACGAAGCACUGUAAUUGGCUGAGAUUCCACCUUAAUAUCCCUCUUCUUCCCAUCCUAGUCCUGAGCAAAUGUUGACGCGCAGGUAUAUCUGACUCACGGGAAACAAACACUGCUGACUGUUCUAAAUAGUGACACCCUUCGUGAGUAUCAUUUACCCGGUGAAGGGCCUUUUUGGCCCACAGGUAUGCCAGAGUCUUUUUGCCGCAGGCCUCCGUACAGUGAAUCCUACACCAAUACUGUCACAGUAAGCCCACUAGUUUUGGAUUGCCUCAGUCUGUGUUGGACAGUCAAAAGUGAAUUAAAGCUGUCGAAGGCUUACUGGCCCAAAGUUUUGCCUCAGUUUCUCAACACUGGAUGAUGUAAAUAAUACACCACAGCAGGACAGAGCAGCCAUGUAUAUCUCACAGUCACCCAUUCUGUGGUUGUAGGUGCUGGACCAAAACAAGUCUUAUCAGGAGAAAUUGAGUACACGUAACUGAUCGCACACAGUGGGAACGUCAGACUGUGGACCAUCAGCUUAGUGUGCAUACUCAAUCUCUACUGAUUACACUGUAUAUACGGCACCCUAAAAGAGCUGAAUGACUGUUCUUUGUAAAACUUCCUUAAAUGCAACUAUUCUACAACAGGUUAUCUGAAUGCAACCUGGUAGACAUACUUGGGUUUCAUCCUUAGCAAUAUAUUGUGUAUGAUUUUUUUGUACUGUAUUCGAAUUGGAAGUUCUUUCAAAAAAGUAGUGUUUGACUGAUGAAAGAUGAAAUGCUUUCAGAUUCAAAACUGGUCACGCACUUCUUCCCAACAGAAAACGUCCUGUGUUUGAAGCUUGUGCUUUUUCAGAUACUAUGUAUGCUACAUACACUCAUGUAUUCAUGUCAAAAAUGCAUUGUAUUCAAGUGCUUUGGCAACACAUUAGUCAACAAUGACGAUUGAAGAUUUGUGAUUCCUGUGCAGCUUAUAUCUGCAAAUCAUGUGUUCCAUACUUUUGGUAGUAGACUACCUUUGAUCGCUAUGUACUUGUGUAUAUAUAUUGUACCACUUGUCUGCUUUAAAAAUGGUUAAAUACUUGGUUUAUAUAAGGGCUUUUUAUAGACUUAAACAAGAAAAACACAUCUUUCUCUUGUUUUGCGUUGAGUGGAGAGUUACCAGUGUUUGGGUCACUCAGAUUGCGGUGUCCAAAUUAAUUUGUUCUGAUAUCUCCGAUUUGGCUGAAUCUGUUUCUCUUGGUUGUUAGCUGGCAGAAGCGUUUCAAACCCCUGGAGUAUGUGAAGUUAUCUGACAACAUGUGAGGCUAAGGAGGGGAGGCCUACUCCUUGUUCUAUCAGCCAAAAGUCCCCCUUACCGCACCUCCACUCCGUAAAGCAGGGCAAAUACUGGUACUCUUUUUAAUCUUAACCUUACGAGGGGGCCCAGUAUCAGCAAGAUUUCGUUACCAUUAAGCAGCCAUACCAACCUCUUCCUCAGCAUCAUGAAAAAGUAUCAGUGGGUGCGUAAACACUUUAGACAAGGAAGAAACCAUAGGGAGGCUUUUAAUUGACGUCCUUAACCAAGCAUCUAUCAAGUACCGUUACAAUGCUUGUAGACUUGGUCAAUAAACGAGCCCAAUUAUAAAUUUCAAAUUGGAUUGUUUUAAAUGAAAUUGUCAUCUAAUUUGAUUUAUAUUCAAGGUCUAUGGCUUUUAAAUGAAUCCGAAAAUUGGUUUGGACACCUCUUAAUAUGCCCAGGCUGUCUAGAUAGAAUGGAGAUACAAGGUCAUUAAGGUGCUGGAACAGUGCAUGUUUUGACCAGAAAUGAUAUUCAUUUAGCUGACGGGCCUGUACUAAUUAUACUGCCCUGACAUCUAAAAAUAAUCCUUGUUGUUGCAGGUGUUCUUAUGUUCUCUGUUUACAUGUGGUUUUGAUUAUGCAGAUCUUUAUUCAUAGUUAAAGGCCACGAGAAAUGGAGCAACAUUUUUAUAUUUAAUGUCUAGAAAAAUGUGUAGGCCUACAUGUGAAUAAAUGUAUACACACGAACACACAUGCAUUCAGUACAGUACACACUGACACAGUAAAUACAAUUCCAGAAGAACAGGCAAGAUAAAUGAAAAGUAUAUUUCAUGUUAAUUUGGUGGCUAUCAUUCACAUUGUAUAAGGAAGACAGGCACUGUCAACAGAACAAGAAAAAUGGAACCCUUUGGUCUGGGCAUGUACUCCAUGAGUUCAGCAUUUAUCUGGGCAUCCCUCUCUCCUAGUGCCCUGCAUUUGUUUUGUUCUGCCACCGCAUCCCCACGGAGACCCAGGCCAGCUGUCACUGAUGCUUGACUUCAUUUAUAUGUCUCCAGGGUCUGGACUGACUCCAUCAGAGAGAGCAAAGAGCCAAACGCAACAAACCACAUCCCUCUCUCGCAUCUUCCCACUCCAGUAGUGGACAACCUGAAGCAAUGUCCUGAAUUAGGAAUGUUAAAUGUUCAGAUUGAAAGACUGAAAUACGUAGCAGCAUACUCCUGUUAUAGAGCGUUAAUAUAACUACACUAAAGGUUUAUAGGAUGUUACAUUUGGGCAGCAGAUCAGUUGAUAGGAGAGUUCCAAUGAGCUCCUUCCACAAAGACAGAGGACAUUGAUAUGAGGGAAAUUAAAAAACCCUCCCACCCAACCUUAACACUUCAGUCCUAUGCAGAUUCAAUCGGUCUCAUAAAGACACCCUCCUAGCAUCAAUAGGGUCCUUUCAUUCCCUAGCUGUUUACUUACAUUUUAAAAGAGGUUAUCAUUGAUGAUGACGACGAUGAUGAUGAUGAUGAAGAUUGUUUCCGUUUUUACAGCACCUAAUUACAAUAAUUUUUGAGGAAGAGUCAAGGUCAAACUUAUUGUCUGGCUUUUUAACCAUCUCUUUUUAGAGGAAACCUUACUAAGUGUUCUUUGUAUGAACUUGAUAAAAAAAUUAAAUGGUCAGAGAAA